AUGCGCGCCUUCCGCGAGCUGCAGCAUAUCACCGCUGCUGGCAACUUCUUGCUCCUGAGGCGACAUGAAUGCUGGCGAUGUUGGGAUGAGCUUGUGAUCUACUACGUCUUCCCGAACACUUGCAUUCAAGGAUAUCUGGCCAGCUUGGAAAUACAGGAGACAUGGAUGAAGCCAGGUUGCCCCAUGGCCUGCGUGGAAGAAGCCUUCGAGGAGCCGCGGUGGCACUCACUGCUUUCCUUCUUGCCCUCCAUGCUCCCCGGGCCGCUGACGCUUCGCUUCCCACGCCUCUCCGAGGUCCAGGCAAACUUGAUGGCCGAAUUCUUCGUGCGAGGGCCGAAUGUGAGCUACCUGAACUUGUCGGGAGCCGGCCUGGGCCUCCGCCGUGCGGCCCUCCGAGGCGUCGCCGCGGCACUGCGUGCGGACAGGCAUCUUCUCCACUUAGAUGUCAGCAGCAACAGCCUGGGAUCUGAGGGUGUGCACACCCUCUGCCAGGCCCUCAUGGAGCAUCCGGCGCUGCUGGAAUUCAUGCUUGCCAAGAAUCACAUUGGGCAAGUUGGGGCAGUCAAGCUCGUUGACCUCCUUCGGGUGAACCUCGUGGUGCAGAGGAUAGACUUGGAGGACAAUCCCAUCGGCAACGAGUGGGCCAACUACAUCUACGUGCUGCAAAAAGACCGCUCUGCCACUUUGGCUUCAGCGCAAGAGCAGAUGGAGACGAAGGCCGCUGGUAAGACGAGGAUCUCCUCGGCUGCAAUUCCUGUGCUGACCACGAUCCCGGCGGUGGAGUUCAGCAAGGAGCUUACACGAUUGGGCUCUGUUAGCAGCCGCCUGCGCCACAAAGCCUCCGAGGACCUCUUCGAGACCUCGAAAUCGGCGCGGACACCCCGACUGCUGCGUUGA